AUGGCACCUGAGCCCAUCAAUGUAGCAGGACCUGGCCGACGGACGAAGCUCGUGCUCGUCCUGGCGCUUCUGCUGCCCCGCCCCGGCGUGGCCUCCCGGGGCCGCGCCGAGGGCUCCGACGGCAACAGGCCCCGGCAGCGCCACCUGCGGCGGGCGUCGCCGCGCGCGGGUGCCGACGGCCAGCAGCGGCGGGCGAGCGAGGCCUCGCCGCCGCGGGCGGUGGGCUUUGUGCGGCGGGCGGCGGGUGCAGCGCGCGGCGACCCCGUGGACGAGAUCAAGCAGAAGCUGGAGGAGAGCCCGUUCGGCGGCACCGCGGCGGAGCAGAGGAAGAAGCCCCUCAUGACGGGGAUCAACGUUAUGAGAGCGCAGCUGUGCUGGAGCCGACAAGACAUCUGGAAUCACCAGGAGUGCCUUCUGUUCCUGGGCCUGCGCUGCAAGAAGGAGCAGACGGGCAUGACCAUAUGUUCGCAGUUCCUGACUCAGGCAGAAGACAAGUGCGGGGACCCAGCGGACAGAGCUAACCUGCCGACGAAGCCGUUGAAGAAGUUCUGCAGGGUCGCGUGGAAGCUCCAGGUCAUCCGAGUGAAGACCACGACUGCUGCACCGACGACCACGACCACGAUUACGACGACCACCACUAAGACCACGACCACGAUUACGACGACCACAAUCACGACGACGACGACGGCGAGGACAACGACGACGACGGUGACGACGCCUACCACCACAACUCCCACUACCACGACUACAGCUGCGACGACGACUGCCGCGGCCGAGACUACCACUCCGACGAUGCCCCCUUCGGAGGCGAACAUAGAGGACCAGGACAGGACUACGGGGACGACACCAUCGAAGAGGGCGGCGCCAUCGACGGAGACUUCGAGCUCGGCGGCGCUCCGGCUACCACUGUUCACGGCGGCGGGGAGCCAGCCCCGGCGCAGGGGGCCGCGAACAUGGACGAUGAGGACGGACAGACUACGGGGACGACACCAUCAAAGAGGGCGGCGCCAUCGACGGAGCCUUCGAGCUCGGCGGCGCUCCGGCUCCCACUGUUCACGGCGGCGGGGAGCCAGCCCCGGCGCAGGGGGCCGCGAACAUGGACGAUGA